AUGGCUUUGUGUGCCCAUGCCGGAACCUCCACAAGCAUUCCGGGCUGCGUCAUCUUUGAUGAGGGCCAGGCCAUCAUACCUGCACCGAAGUUGGAAAGUCGAUGGCCCACAGAGCAGUACGAGAAGGAGCCAGUUGACGAUGAGAACGUUGACAUUGACUGGAUGGCCCAUCUUACAAGGAGGGAGCGGGUGCAGAUGAAGGCAUUGAAUCAGAUAAGCUCUUGGCUGCAUUUCUACAACUUUCGGGACAUGGAUGUGAACGAGAAGCAGGUGCCCAGUUCCAGUGGCUGUUUUCUCUUCAGGAGGCCAGAGUGCAUGUGCCCUCUGCAUGUCGCGGCCAAGCUUGGCCACGAGAAGAUCGUGAAGUCUCUCCUCAUGGCGCGAGCAGAUCCCAAGCGGAAGACAUCCCGGGGCCGCACGGCGCUUGAGAUCGCGAGGAAAGCAGAUGUCGAUGGCUCCCAUCGCGAGACGGUGGAGGCCCUGGCGAUCGCCGAGGGGGCUGUUUCCCUCCGGCGAGCCAUGCAGAUCAUGGGUAAUUGA